UUGUGUUCUGCCGCGAUCAACACUGCUCUGCACUCCCGACUGCACUGUCUAGCUAACGAAGUUUUUGAUAAAUGAUAACCUUUUCUGUCCAAGGACUUAAGCUUGGACACCAUUGUCAGUGUUGGAAAGUGGUGUUUUUAUCCAGAUUCAUUCCAUCACGCUCAUAUUCUUCCAUAAUGGGAAAGGACGGCCAAACAGCCAAGAGGUCAAGUGAAGGUCAAGACAAUGGUGAAACAAGUGCCGCCAAAAAGGUGAAGAAAGAAGAGGAUGGAGCCGAGGUUCAAGAUCUCCAAACCAAGGUGGCAAGCCUCCGGAAUGCUUCUGGAAGCUCCAUCCUCAACUUCCAGUUCAACAAGAAGCGUGUGAAGAUCCUCUCUGACACAAUGGACAUCGCAGAAGACAACAGAGGCAUUGUCUACUGGAUGAGCAGAGACCAGAGAGUCCAAGAUAACUGGGCUCUCUUGUUUGCGCAACGCUUGGCCAUGAAACAGGAGGUCCCUCUUCAUGUCUGCUUCUGUCUCGUUCCCAAGUUCCUUGAAGGCACCAUCAGGCAUUUCAACUUUGUCCUCGAAGGACUCAAAGAAGUCUCUCAGGAACUGCACCUCUUGGACAUCUCAUUCCAUCUAUUGAUUGGGUAUGCCAAGGAUGUCCUACCUGGGUUCAUCAAGGAUCAUGGGUUGGGAGCAGUGGUGACAGACUUCUCUCCUCUCAGGACAUCCAGCCAAUGGGUCACAGAUGUCAAGGAAGAGCUUCCAAAGAAUAUACCUUUUUGUCAGGUUGAUGCACACAACGUAGUUCCGUGUUGGGAGGCAUCCAAUAAGCUAGAGUAUGGUGCCCGAACUAUCCGUCCAAAGAUUACCAAACAGUUGAGCACCUACCUCACCGAGUUCCCUCCAGUCAUCUGCCAUCCUCAGAAGGCUAAGGCCAAAGCAGAGCCCAUAGACUGGGAGGGGGCCUAUGCUAGCCUAGAAGUAGACCAGACCGUCAAACCUGUAGACUGGGCCAAACCCGGGACCUCGGAGGGUAUGAAGAUGCUGGACUCGUUUGUCAAGGAGAGGUUGAGGUACUUCAGCAGUGCUAGGAAUGAUCCAACCAAGAGUGUCUGCAGUAACCUCUCACCAUGGAUCCACUUUGGUCAGUUGUCAAGCCAGCGUGCUGCCCUCAUUGUCCGACUCUAUAGAAGUCGCUUCAGUGAAUCUGUUGCAGCCUUCAUAGAGGAGUCCAUCAUCAGACGAGAAUUGUCAGAUAAUUUCUGUUUCUACAACGACAAAUAUGACUCUAUUGAAGGAACCAAUGACUGGGCCAAGAAGACGUUAAAGGACCAUGCAAAGGACAAGAGAGAUUAUGUGUAUAGCAGAGAGACACUGGAGAGGGCUAAGACAUAUGAUCAACUCUGGAACAGUGCACAGAAGCAAAUGGUUCGUGAGGGUAAGAUGCAUGGUUUUCUGCGCAUGUACUGGGCUAAGAAGAUCCUGGAAUGGACUACAUCACCGGAGGAAGCCCUAGAGAUCGCCAUCUACCUCAACGACCGAUAUUCCCUAGACGGCCGCGACCCCAACGGCUAUGUAGGUUGCAUGUGGUCUAUUUGUGGCAUCCACGACCAAGGCUGGGGCGAGAGGCCUGUCUUUGGCAAGAUCCGCUUCAUGAACUACAAAGGCUGCAAGCGCAAGUUUGACGUAGACACUUUCGUCAACCGGUACAAGAAGUACAACCUGUGAGGAGACAAAUUUUAUCAUUCUUUUUCAACAAACAAGAGUGAGUGAGGUUGAAUUUGCUGAAGUGCGGACAUCAGCUGGUACAAGAAAUGCACUCUCUCAGAGAUACAUGUACCUUGCCCGUUUGUGAGAUAUGGAUUUAGUUUUGUAGAUUUGCUAUUGAAACUGAGUUUAGUUUAAAGUUCUAGAGCAGUGGGUGAAAUGGAUCAACAUUUGUGAUCUUUAUUGGUGUAAAAAGUGUGGGUUUAGACUUUACAACAGUGUGUGAAACAGAGGUCUAGUUUUGUACUUUUUCAUUGGUAGUGAAUCUAAUUUAAGAAUUGUGAGCAGUAUGUAAUUUGGUUAGUAAUGAGUACAUCGUGAUAAAUUUAACAGGGAUGUUGACAUAUGGUCUGAAAAUAUCAGUCUAGUCUAAAUUGGGUCCAGGACCUAAAGAAUGUGUGAUACCCAAAGGAUUCAUGCUGUAUACAUCCACAAGGAUCUAAUAUAAGUACGUCAUUUUAGUAAUGUCCAGACGGUUGUGGGUUUAUUUAGUAGUGUGCAUAAACAUGUAGCAUUACUGAAUUAAAUGUUCCUUCUGGAAAUAACUACAUGUAUUACGACAGUCUUUCAAGAGUGUGCUGUGAAGGUCCGCUCACAUAUUCAGCUUUAUGAAAACUUUCGGUAUUUAAAGAUAAAGGUGAGUUCUGGUCAUCUGAUUGCAUUAUGACAGAAAAGGUGUGGAAUGGAUCAGAAAAAGUUGAUC